GCAGAUGUCGCUAGUAGAAAUUUAAAAACGGUCACCAAACCAAAAUAUAAUAUUGAAAUGAAUCGAAAACAAAGCUCAGUUACCACAAAACAACGAACAUUAUUAAGAAGCACAUUUACUCUCACUUUUGCAGUAGAAAUCCUGAAUGAGGGAGUGUGCGACGACGACGACUGCAGUGAGGAGUGGCUGGACCUCGGCGAGGAGCUGGCUGGACUCCACAUUCAAUACGAGCUGUAUCCCGGCCAUAAGUAUGAUUUGACCAUCUCGUUGUGGCCGCAUUGUGCUAAGGUGACGUCAGCAGGGGGCGCGUGCUGGGUGCGGCGCUGGCGGCUGCUGCAGCGGUGCUGGUGCUGCUUCUCGAUCUCACACGCCUUUCCCGUCAGGGUCGACCAGCUCAGGACUCAUGAUGUGCUGGUCACAGUCACUGGUGGUGCGCCUAGCGGUUCAUCCGCCGCUCCCGGCCGCGUGUGCCUCCCCCGCGUCCCCCCGCACCUGCAGCGCUACUUCGCCCCCGUGUGGCUGCCCGGGGACGAGGCCCCGCCGGCGCUGGAGCGGCAGGUCCGGGGCUGGUUGGAUGAGCUGGUGGAUCAGGUCGUGCCCGCGACAAUCUUUGAUGUGGUGUUUGAUGUGCCGUGUGUUGUGGCAGAUGUUCGACACCAAGAGGCUAUAAUAGCUCAUCUCAAGGAGAGGAUUCUUAACCGGAAGCCUCCCGAAGAAGUACCAAGCGCUCCACCAGAACCAGAGACCACAGAGGCAGAGAAGAAAAAAGGGAAAAAUACUAAGAAGAAAAAGGAAAGCGCUGUAAAAGGAAAAGGCUCAGCAAAGAAAAAGGCAACGCCAAGUUAUCAGAUGAAGCUGAGCGGCGAUGAACUCCUCGCUGGGUUGGGCGGCGUGACGGUGUUCCCCGCCGCCCCCGCGCCCCCCGGACUGGGCGAGGCGGUGGCGCUGAUAAGCUGCGGGGGACUCCCGGCCGCGGACGACCAGCCCCUGCUCACGACCCGCGUGGGGGCGCUGGGCCCGCUGCCGCUGGGGGCGCUCAGAGACGCCGGCAUAGCGGAGGUGUACGCGACCUGGUCCCUCGGCCCGCACGUGUUCACUACCCCCCACGCCCCGGUGCCUGCGGGGCCGGGGGAGGGGGUCAUUGACCUGCAGUAUGCGCGCGCGCUGCCGCUGUCGCGAGACCAGGCCACCGCCGCGCUGCUGGGGACCCUGCAGGAUAGCAGUGUGCAGGUUCAGCUUCGAGGAAUCCGUAAAAUAGAAGACCCAGUGAAAGCACCUCAGUUGUUCGGCAGACGUGACCGCUCAUUCCCCGACGCUCACCUCCCACUCCUGUCGCCAGAACCAAGUGACGUCAUCAUCGCUGUGUGUUCCGUGGAUGCAUCGUCACUCGCUCGCGGUGACAAUGCCGUUGUGAGGGGAGAGUACUUCCUCAAUCCACCAAUCAUAGACGACAGUCUCCACCGAGCCGCUCUGUGUACCAAUGCCAAUGACGUCAACGGAAUCAGAGCGCCUGCACUAGCAGUCCCGGCUCACAUCAUACUUGAAGCACAGGUGACCCUCGAAGUGUCCAUUGCAUUCGUUGGCUGUAAACCUCCUCAAUUAACUGGAGGUUUCUCAAGGUUUUUCUGUUUGAGCAAAGACAGCAACGCUAUAAUUUCGUUAGGGCUGAAGAUGAAGGAAAUCAACACCAAGUUAGCAGCCGAGGAUAAGGAAGAUCAGUUGUUGACUGGCUUCGUCUGUUGCACCGGGACAGCUUAUUUCAUGUUCCUGGAAGGACCUAAGGAUGGGGAGAUACUGCAGAUAUGGACCCUCACUGAGGAACAUCGUGAAAGAAUCCAGACAUUCUUCUCGACAGCUGCCACGUAUACUACUAGAAUCUAUCCAGACUUGAUGACGUCAUCUAUGCCGGUCAUAAUGGUGCAGCUGUCGGCUCCUCUGCAGGCGCUGGCGGCGUGUCCCGCGCCCACCCCGCUCACCAGGGCGGUCCUCAAGCUGUCCCGGCUGGUGUCCUCCCGCCUCCACACGGCGCCCGCCGCCGCCGCGCUGCCCUCCGCCGCCGAUCUGCGGGCGCUGGGCCUCGACAUCACAGAGCCCUGAGGAGUGACUUUAUAGCAUGAGUUACAAGUUAUAACUAAACCGUCUUAUGACAGUUAUCACUAUGGAGGUGGAACUUAGGAAGGAGCAACAAGCAAUAAUGAAUGAAAAGAAGUCAGAAUUUCUAUUGGAAUCUACAAUCUAUUAAAAUCUAGCAAUCUU